UUUUGUUCGUUGUGUUGGUGCUGCUGGUCAAAAAACAAUUCGAAUUGAAAAAUUUUGUUGUCACUUUGACGACAAGUGUCGUGUGAACUAUUAGUUAUUUGUAAUGGAUUUUCAGACACGCGAAACGCAUUCCUCACGUUUGUGGUACUAUUUCUGGCAAUUUUUGUACUUAAUUCUGAUUGCUGGCAUUCUUCACUACGUCCAAAUGGUAUUUUGGAGUCGCGAUUUGCGGUACAGCCCCCAAACUUACCUGGACGUCGUCGACAUGCCCCAAAUCCACUGCAAAAAAUUACUUUACGAAGUGAGCCAUCUUCACAAGGAAAUAAUUGAAAUGAAAGAACAGUUGGAAGAACUUCGUUCAUGGAAAGUCAACUACGACGAAAAUUCCAAAACCAACUUGAAAAAAGCGUUGGAUAAUUUCUACUCAGACACAAUCGGAAUUUUUGACUAUGCCUCCGAGUCCGCCGGGGGCUCCGUCAUCUCCACCCCUGAAACCACCCCCCUGCCGUCGCCCUUCGGCCUCCGCUUUUUCGGCACCAUCGACUGGGUGGGCCAGUCCGACCCUGGAGUUUUGCUCCAGCCGAACACGCUUCCAGGGCGGUGUUACGCCUUUUACGGGAACAAGGGUCGUAUUCGCGUAAAAUUGGGGCGCCCGAUUAUGGUAACCCACGUGAGUUUGGAGCACAUCCGCAUUGGGGAGAGCACAACGAGGGCCCCCAAAAAUUUCGAAAUUUGGGGUUUCGGGGAGAGGGGUGAGGAGAAUUUAGGUCAGUUCGUGUACGAUUUGGACGAUUCGAUUAUUCAAACUUUUGGCGUAAUUGCGAAAAAUCGGACGUUUCGAGCCGUGGAAUUGCGCAUCCUCAGUAAUCACGGCAACGCUGAAUCGACGUGUGUGUACCGAUUCAGGGUUCAUUCUUUGGAUUAG